ACGCGAAGCAUUUCGGUGAACGAAGAAGAGGAACAAGAGGAAGGAUAUCAAGUUUGGGAGAAGGUGGGGGUGGAAAAGAAUGCAACGACCUGUACGAAGGACACAAGGCUCCGACGACCCAGUGACAAGAUGCAGCCAGUCAACAUUCUUCAUCGAGUUCUUUUCGCUCUACUGAUAAUCGCCGUUACUACAUCAAUUGCUGGAAAGUUGCAGCCCGUCAAACUUCGCGGGACACGAAAUCGCUCUAUGCUGAGACGGAUUGCAAUCUUUCGCGAGGAAAAAUCGAAAGUUUGCUACGAUUUAGUUGGUUGCUUCGCGGAUCCGCCGCAGCAUUUAUCGAUAAAACGACCGCCUCAACAUCCUAGUGUAAUUCAAACUAGAUUCUUUCUCUAUACACGUGUAGACCGACAAAAUCCAGAGCCUUUACAGUACGGUGACGACUUGAGAUCCAUUGUACAUUCGCGAUUCAACGUUACCAAGCAUCUCAAAGUGUUGAUACACGGUUACAAGGGCAGUGGGAGUGAUAUCGGCGCUAUACUUGGCGCUAAUCUGCUCCUCGACAUAGAGGAUAUAAACGUCGUCGUCUUGGAUUGGACGAAAGGAGCGGGCACUACUUAUGGGGCUGCGGUGGCAAAUAGCGAACUGGUCGGCCGACAAUUGGCUUUGAUUCUGUUGGACACUAUUAAUUUAGGGAUUAAUCCCGACGACAUCCACGUGAUCGGUUUCAGCCUUGGCGCACAUGUGGCCGGCUGCGCCUCGGAAGUGUUGAAAAGAAAGAAUCUGCUUCUGGGUCGCAUAACAGGUCUCGAUCCAGCGUCACCGUUCUUCAGGCAUCACCUGUUUCGAGAAAAGUCGAGAAAAUUGGACGCUACUGAUGCUCAUCUCGUCGACGUGAUUCAUACCGACGGUUCUCCAGAUUUCGCGGAUGGCUUUGGUCUACUUAAACCGAUCGGACAUAUCGAUUUCUUCCCCAAUGGCGGCAGGGAACAACCUGGUUGCACCGAUGUUAAGAAUUCGGUGGUGGUCACUCAUUUCAACGAAGAGCUAUUGGAUCGAGAUAUAGCAUGUAGCCAUUUAAGAGCUUGGCAGCUCUUUGUAGAAAGCAUGCGUUCGCAAAAUGAAAAGUGCAAAUUUAUCGCAUGGCCUUGUGCACAAGGAGGAAUAUCUUAUGCAAAGGGAACAUGUUUCCCUAUGGAAUCAACCGAAUGGAAUCAAGAAAUGGGUUACGCGGCUAAUCAUGGACCCUUGGGAAUUUAUUAUCUAUCGACCAGAGCUGAAACUCCGUUUUGCGGUCAACCACUUAGAGCAUCAGUGAUGCUGUCUGAAAAUAUGCCAAAAAAAUCUGGUAUAUUAUUUUUCAAAAUUUUCCUUGGUAAUUCUACAACACUUUUUAAAAUCAAAUGCACCUUGCCGAAACAAAAAAACGAACAAAUGACAUUUCAUAAUAUUGCGGCAGCAGAAUUCGAUACUUUACAUGAAAAUACUGCAUCAAUCACCGGCAUUGUCUCGUAUCGACAUUUCGGGAAUAAUACAGAGGAAAAUAGUACAUCACAUCCAGAGAUGAAUAUGAUACUUUUCGAUAAACUUACCUUAGAAGAUCGUAAAGGCCACAGAUGGGAAUAUUGCAGAACAAAUACCGCAAUUAAUUCGAAUGAGAUGAAUGAAAUAUUGUAUGUAGAAUUGAAAAACGGACACUGUACGUUAUAAUGCAAUUCUGAUGUGAUUUUUUUAUUUGAAUAAAUAAAAUAUUU